CUCAUUCAUUGUCACAAACAUCCACCCAUCCAUCCUUCCUUCAUCACCGGAACCACCAUGUCCAGACCCCACACAUCGGGGCAUGUCGCCCCCCCAAACAUCCUCCCGCCGCUGGCAGCUGAGUCCAAGCGCGACCGCAAGAGGCGCGAGACCGUCAAUAAGAUAGAGCUUCUCCACAGCGCCAGCUGGCAGGCCCGCGACGACAAAUUCUCCUUGCAAUACAAGGAGUAUCACAAUGACAACAAAGCUGUGAACACCCAACCGCCUACAUCGCAGCAGUACCUUUUGCGCCUCUAUCCUAAGUCAAUCGAGCGGGACGCGUUUCUGCAGAGAUCCGAGACGCACUAUCAGUACGCAUCUGAACAGGCGGAGCGGAUGUACAAAAGCGAGCGCGAUCAAAUCGAGCAGAUGUACUGGGAAGGGCGCGAUCAAAUACGGUCACGGCUACUCGCGGCCAUCGACGAGCGUCGCCGCAAGCUCACUGCUGAGAAGGAGGGUGGGGACAUCGUCUCAGAGGCCCUUCUAGAGGCACAAACUCGUCCUCGCCCUCGCCGCACGCCAUUCCGCUCGCGUGUCGAGCCUCGCUCGGCGUCACGUACAGGUACCCCGCUUAACCUCCGCAGCGGUGGUGACUCGGGGACGUCUAGCCCUCCUGAGGGGCCCAAGAGCAGCGACGACCUGAUGCUCCACAGCCUGCUGGCUCCACAGCUCGCUGUGAUCAACACUGAGGAUAUUCUUAGCAAGGACUCCUCCGUGCUGACCGUAAAGCCGCCGCCGAACGGUUUCCAGGCGGGGCUGCAGAGCACGAAGCGUGGGCGAGGGAAAGCGGCUGAUGUCGAGAAGGAGGUUGGAGCUGCCCCAGGCACCAGCGCCGCCUUGGCGAUUGCGAGUGGACAGGUGUCGGCGCCCACAACAGGCGGUGGUAAACGUGGAGCGGGAGCCCAGUCUGGAUGGGUCCUUGGAAAGGCGCUCAACGAUAUGAAGAGAAUGGAGGAGGCCACGAUCCUCGAACGCGAGAGUGACUGGAGCCGAAUCCAGGGGUCGCAGACGGGCCGCGGCCGGCGUGCUCGUGGCGACUAGGCGUAUAGGCGUCUCGACACACUCGACUAUCGCGAGUUCACGAUUCCUACUGUACAUGUUCGACAUCUUGGGCCCUGAUAUUUCGAGGCGACAGCGUGCGAUCGGAUCGAAUACACCUCUUCUCCCUCCCUAUCGCCAGUCAACGCCAUUACCUUCGUUCCUCUCCACCCAGUUCAGCCCCUCGUCUCCGUUUCCUGUUCUCGGCUGGAUCGGCCAUGUUGGAGGGCAAGGGAACGGACCACGCAGUUAGUCACCACCACGAGGGUCGCCCGUGUGAGGGAACAUUCGCUCGUCAUUUUACCCUUGUCUUUCCCCAGAAUGUUGUGUCCUUGACGUCCAUGUAUUGUUGCCAGUGUAGACAGGAGAAAGUCGCCCCAUGGAGGGGGUGAGUGGUUGCGAUGGAUGGCUAAAUGGCCGACUUAAGCCGAGGCGCCGA